AUGAGCUGGGAAACACUUAGAGAACCUUCACAAAGUACAGCCGCCCUAGCGGAGCGUCACGAAUCUCCACAAACAAUACGGGCAUUGCAUCAUACGAGGAAUAGCAAGGGCGUAUACAGGCAACGCCAUAGACCACAAAGAUGCACCUUGUUCCUCCAGUAUGAGUAG